GCUGGAGGGCCGUGGUCGACAGUUGGAUACAGAAGACUAGGUCAGCUGUGUCAGAUGGUUGUAAAUAUUGAAAUUGUGCAAUUUACUUUUAUUUCUGCCUUUUCAUGAAACAAAAGGUAGUAUAGUAGAAAGGGUUUCAUGUAGCUGAGGUGAGGAAGUAACUUAGUGAAGAUUCCAGGGCUGUAUCAAUCAACCCACAUAGUUUUCCUGAACCCUCACUCGUGCCCUCACUCAGCAGUGCUGAUGCAUAUUCUCUGUCACCUAUACAGAUCGACAGACUCAGCAGCUCUCUGUCUCUGAGUCCAAUCUACUAAGAUCUUCUUUCCUCAGUUCCAGUGAAAUAGUGUAUGAUCUUUAAUCAGGAGCUUCCAGACAUCUCCAACCCUUCCAACUGAGGAGUCUUCCCUCGUACUUCCUGAGAAGAGUCAGACAUGGCGACAGACCCUGCGACAGAACUGCCAUUCUUCUACGGUAGCAUCAGUCGCUCGGAGGCUGAGGAGCACCUGAAGCUGGCAGGCAUGGCCGACGGGCUGUUCCUGCUGCGCCAGUGUUUGCGGAGCCUGGGCGGCUAUGUGGUCUCCCUGGUAUGGGACCUGGACUUCCACCACUACUCUGUGGAGAAACAACUCAAUGGCACCUACUGUAUUGCGGGUGGCAAGCCCCACUGUGGGCCAGCGGAGCUCUGUGAGUUCUACAGUAAGGACUCAGAUGGCCUGGUGUGCAAUCUGAAGAAGCCGUGUCUGCGCUCACCGGAUAACCCCAUUAGAGCAGGCGUAUUUGAUAACCUGAGGGACAACAUGCUGAGGGAGUAUGUACGACAGACAUGGAACCUGGAGGGGGAGGCCAUGGAGCAGGCCAUCAUCAGCCAGGCCCCACAGCUGGAGAAGCUGAUCGCCACCACUGCCCAUGAGAGGAUGCCCUGGUACCACGGCAAGAUCCCUCGCCAGGAGGGGGAGAGGCGACUCUAUUCCAGGGCACAGCCAGACGGAAAGUUCCUAGUCAGAGACAGGGAAGAGUCCGGCACCUUUGCCCUUUCUUUGGUGUACGGAAAAACGGCCUACCAUUACCAGAUCCUACAUGACAAAUCAGGGAAGUACUCCAUGCCAGAGGGAACCAAAUUUGACACUGUGUGGCAGGUAGACUGUUCUCUCUCCUUCAACAAAUUGGUUCAAAUGUUUUAUGUCUGCUACUUCAUGUUUAAGUUUACCACACUCUCCAUCCCUUCUACACUGCAGCUGGUUGAGUAUCUUAAGAUGAAGCCUGAUGGGCUAGUGACAGUUCUGAGGGAACCAUGUGUGAACCGCAACAAUGCCAAACACACUCCGGUUGUGCCCUCCGGGAGGCGGUCCAGAACAAAUAGAUACACACCGCCACCUGGAGUACCUCUGGGGUGCUCCACAGAAGUCAACACUUCGCCCCCCACAGACCGUCAGAUGCUGCCCAUGGACUGCAGUGAAUUUGUCAACCCUUACCAUGACCCCAAUGACCUGAAGAAGUUCUUCAUCAAUAGGGAGCAGCUGAUGAUCGACGAGGUGGAGCUCGGCUCAGGCAACUUUGGCUGUGUCAAGAAAGGAGUCUUCAAGACAAAUAAGGGCCACACUGAUGUGGCCAUCAAGGUGCUGAAGAGUGAGAAUGAGAAGCUGGUGAAAGAUGAGAUGAUGAGGGAGGCGGAGAUCAUGCACCAGCUGAGUAACCCUUACAUCGUCCGCAUGCUGGGGCUCUGCCAGGCUGAGUGCCUGAUGCUGGUGAUGGAGAUGGCUUCUGCUGGGCCACUCAACAAGUUCCUCUCCACCAAUAGGGAUAAGGUCACAGUGGAGAACAUUGUGGGGCUGAUGCACCAGGUGUCUAUGGGAAUGAAGUACCUGGAGGAGAAGAACUUUGUGCACAGAGACCUGGCAGCUCGCAAUGUCUUGCUGGUCAACCAACAGUUCGCCAAGAUCAGUGACUUUGGCCUGUCGAAGGCUUUGGGUGCUGAUAACAACUAUUACAAGGCACGCACAGCAGGAAAAUGGCCGCUGAAGUGGUACGCUCCAGAAUGCAUGAAUUUCCACAAAUUCUCCAGCAAGAGUGAUGUCUGGAGCUUCGGUGUCACCAUGUGGGAAGCCUUUUCUUUUGGAGGGAAACCAUACAAGAAAAUGAAAGGUCCUGAGGUGAUCAGUUUCAUUGCCAGUGGGAGCCGCAUGGAAUGUCCAUCUGGAUGUCCAGAUAAAAUGUAUGCUCUGAUGAAGGACUGCUGGACAUACAAACACGAGGACCGGCCAGGCUUUGUGAAGGUGGAGGAGCGCAUGCGAGGCUUUUAUUACUCUAUAUCCAACAAAACUCUGCCUGAGGGGACCACAGACGCUGCUGAGCCUCUCAAAUAGUCCAGGGACAAGAUACACUCUGUCCCCGUGCCACACAAUGCAUUCUUUGAGAUAGACAAUGAGCCUCUUAUGAACUGGGAACAAGCUGACGGCUUCAGAAACAGGCAGCAACAGCAAACAGCUAAACAAGCCUUAUUGACGCAAAUAUUUGACCCUUCAACAGCCUCAGGACUAAAAUCAGCUGUGAGAAAAAUACAACCAGUGUGUAACAGCUCCACUGUUGUUUAUAUCUCCUUC